ACCACCAUCUUUAUUUUUUCAGAGGUCAUGGAACCUACAUGGAAGAGGACAAGCUGUUGGGGUCGGUGGCUGGUGUGGUGGAGAAAGUAAACAAACUCAUCUGUGUCCGACCUCCAAGAACUCGGUACAAUGGGGAAGUUGGUGAUGUUGUUGUGGGGAGAAUUACAGAGGUACAGCAGAAGCGAUGGAAAGUGGAUACAAGUACACGCCUGGACUCUGUAUUACUGCUUUCAUCUGUGAACCUUCCCGGCGGGGAGCUGAGGAGAAGGUCAGCAGAGGACCAAUUGGCAAUGAGGAGCUACCUGAAGGAAGGAGACUUGAUUAGUGCUGAGGUCCAAGCGGUGUACUCUGAUGGCGCAUUAUCCCUGCACACUCGCAGCCUCAAAUAUGGCAAGCUUGGGCAAGGUGUCCUGGUUCAAGUAUCCCCUUCAUUGAUAAAGAGGAGGAAGACUCACUUUCACAAUCUUCCGUGUGGUGCCUCCAUCAUCCUGGGAAACAAUGGCUUCAUCUGGCUGUACCCCACCCCUGUGGGGGUUGAAGACGAAGCAGGGGGGUUUUUUUUUUUACUCCAGCCUAUACCAUUAUCUGAUCGGGAAGUGAUUUCGCGGCUGAGAAAUUGCAUCCUGGCGCUAGUUGCUAAGAAGAUGUUGCUGUAUGACACCAGUGUCCUGUACUGCUAUGAAGCAUCUAUAACCCACCAGAUUAAGGAUCUCCUGAAGACAGAGGUUAUGGAAGACAUAGUGAUGGAGACCAGGCAACGUCUUGCGGACCAGGAAGGCUAA